AUGAUUUUGUUAAUUAAGUCAAUAGUUUUCAUAUUACUUAUAGCUAAAUCGUUGAGCACUUCGUCAGAGGAUGGUGUUAAAUAUGCCAAUAAAUGUGAAGUCUGUAAAAUAUUAGCGGAAGAAUUAGAGGGUCGUUUACUGGAGACUGGUAAGACGAGUGAAUAUUUGGAGAUAGGUUAUUCGAUCGAUCUGCCAAAAAAGAAAAAAGAGUACAAAAAAUCGGAACUGCGUUUAGUUGAAUCACUAGAUGGUCUUUGUGAAAGAAUACUUAAGUAUAAUAUUCACAAAGAAAGGACCGAUAGUACACGAUUUGCUAAAGGAAUGAGCCAAACUUUUCAAACAUUACACGGACUUGUGAAUAAAGGUGUAAAAGUUGAACUUGGUAUACCAUAUGAACUUUGGGACAAACCUUCGGUUGAAAUCACAAAUAUGAAAACUCAAUGUGAAGAUUUAUUGGAAACCUAUGAAUCAGAUAUAGAGCAGUGGUAUUUUAAUGAUCAAGCUGAGAGCUUAAGAAGUUAUUUAUGCAAAGACCGUGCAUUAAAAGAUUCUGAUCAAACAUGCUUGGAUGAAGCAUCUCCAUCUAAAGGAGAUACGAGACAGAUAAAUCAAGAAUUGUAA